GCUCCACACGUGACACAUUUCGAUGGCGGUUUUGCAGUGCAAAUCAUGGAAAAAUCGGAUAUUAGUGUGCUGGAUGCUCCUAAUUGAAAGUUUUACAUCGAGUUUAAGUAGCGGAAGGCGGGAUAUUGAAAUGACAAUAGGAUGGAAUUAGUGUCUGUCGACGACGUCAGAGGAUUAUUGACAUAUUUCUCCAAAUAUCCCUACAAAUUAAAGGAAAACAGUAAGGUUGUCUCUAUAGAGAAAAAAUGUGAAGAAUUAUUUGCAAAGGAUUAUAAAGUAUUUCUAAUAGAUAAUUCCAAUGGAGAACUGACACAUACAUAUCCUUCUCAACUGAUUAUCCCUCAGAGAAAUGUAGUUCAGCAUUCAGAUUCUUCAGAUCAACAUAUUAGGUCAAAGAUAUUCACUGAAGAUGUGGAAACAACCACUUUGAGAGAGACAAUAAUGAAAGCAAGAGGUGCUCGUUGCAGGACGCGUUUUCCAAUACCAGUUAUUUCUUACGAAGAAAAAUACAUUUGUCGAUCUGCUACUAUUUCUUGUGGAGCAGAAAUAUAUGGAAGAGAAGCUCUAGGAUAUUUCUUUGCUGGAGGCAGUGGCACAAUAGAUAAUGAAGAUGAGUUAAUGAAUUCUACAACCCAGUCUACCCUUAAAACUCAACCAACUGCAAGUGAAUGGCAAUUGUUCUCAAAAGUUCGGAACCAGGAUAUAAAGCUACUGAAACAACUUGAUGUGGGCUAUAUCUGUGAUUUGAUGGUAGAGAAAAAGAAAGUGAAGUUUGGUGUGAAUGUAACUUCCUCAGAAAAAGUGGAUAAAGAGAACAGAUACAGUGACUUUGUGAUAUUAUCUUUGCCUUAUCCAGGUUGUGAAUUUUUUGUCAAAUUCAGAGACAAUAAUUAUUCUGGAGAGAAACUGGUAUUUGAUUGGACACAACCUGCUAUAAAAAUAUAUAUUUUUUCAGGUACAUCCGGACUUUUGAUUCACUGUAUAUCUGGAUGGGAUCGCACACCUCUGUUUAUUUCUCUUCUGAGAUUGUCUCUAUGGGCUGAUGGAAAGGUUCAUCCAAGUUUAACGUGUCAUGAGAUAACAUUUUUGACUAUAGCUUAUGAUUGGUUUUUAUUUGGUCAUAAUCUUCCAGAUAGGCUGAACAAAGGAGAAGAGAUAAUGUUCUUUUGCUUCUAUUUUUUGAAAUAUCUUAAUUCUGAAGAAUUUUCUCUAUUUCAUAUAAAUAAAGAGAGAUUUCAGAAAGAUAGUGAUGGAAAUAUAUCUGAAAUAGAUCCUGGUAUUUUGUUGGAAAAUUCCGGGGCUCACGGAAGUAAUACUAGUCUAAAUAGCUGCAGCAGUUCGGUCAGCAGUCGCAGUCAGGAUAAUCCACCCGCCUACUUUUCCAUGCCUUGCCAAGAUUCCGGUGACGAAAUGACAGCUACCGUUCAUUCAAACGGCAACAUUCCUUCCAACAUACAGUCGUACUAUCCUCAUCCUUGCCAUCGGAUGGUUUCCUGUCCUCAGCCCAUUGCGGAAGACGCAUCCGAAGAGACGAUAAAGAAUCAAGACGGUAAUCGGGCCAAUAAUUUAAAAGAGGGCGAUAAUUACUACGUGCAAAUUUCCACUAGUCCGGUCGCCGUCCCCAACAGCAUUCGGCAGAGAUCCGAAAGUACUUCGUCCAUCGGUUGUGGAAGUUGGCAGUUCAUCACUGGAACGGGAAGUGUCAGGGAUUCCGCUUCCACCAGGAGUUCUAUAAGUUCUCCCACCCGAGAAUUAAAUCAAAAUACGAACAGACAGAGCACAAACCACGGUUACCAAGACCCGGAGAGAGCUCCCAGAGACGGCUGCCCGCAGGGCACGAGAAGGGAGAAGCUGGAAAAGGUGCGCACCAUUUUCUACAAUUGUUACUCGGCCGCCAUCGGUUUCCAUUUUAAAAACGGCACGGAACCGGGACAGUCGCUCUUCGAUCACCUGGCGGAGAAGGUGGGAAUCAGAAGCGCCUGGACAUCCACCGUCUGACCUCGGGAGGAAACUUCCCCGUGUUUUAAAACGAAAUCGGCCAAUCACUGCCGUCGGCGGCCCGACGUUCCUUCCGGGCGUCGCGCCCACUUUCGUCGGAAUUUUGAUUUUCGUCGGGGGACGAAGGCGUCUGCCGUAUUUUUAAAGCCUCUAUUUUUUCAUACCGCGUGACCGACGACCGUUUACAUUUUGUACAUACGGACUGCCUCGCCUCCCCCUCCCGGGUCGGAACGGGAGUUUACGGAGAGGCGUCGCGUAACGUAAAACAAUUUUCACUGCCAAUAUUUUAGUCAAAGAAUUGUUUUGGUACGCGGACUCGCCCUUUCUGCCACGAAUAAUUGUAUUAUUAUUUUAAAAUAAAAAUCAUUUUCGAAAACUUUA